AUGGGCUCGACGUCCGUGCGCGAGUCCAGCGACUUGCUCACGGCAUUCACCGCAGCUUUACUGAGAGCAGUAAGUCUGGUUGCUAUUGGCAGACUCAGACCCAAAGACCACAGUCUACCAGACAGAUCUUCCUUCGACGCCACGAAGAACUGCGUCUUGAGAGCCUGCGGGUCCUCCUUGCGCACCUUGGCGAAAUUGCCCAACAUGGCCUGGUACGACUUGUACUCUGUGUUUUCUGCCAGAUGCUGGUUGAUCUUGAGCAGGAACGCGGUCUUGGUCUGCUCCAAGGCUAGCAGCUCGUCCGGCCAUUUCGUGGACGUCUCAAACUGGAUAAUGGAUUCGUUGAAAAAAUCUGGAUUUCCAACGGCCAACGGAACAGGCAGGAUCGUGGACGUGUUGCGCAAGGCUGGCGACGCAGGCAGAAUAGACUUGAUAGCCAGUGGUAGCUCAAUGUCGUUCAGAACCUUGCAUAGCUCGUUAUAG